AAAAAAAGAAAAAGAAAAAGCUGUUCGAGUUUGAAGUUUGAACUUUGAAGUUUCGUACUCGUGAAUCGUGAUGGUCCUCAGCAGAAAAAAAAAUUUCAACUUCCAAAUUCGCAAUCCGAAGGUAAAAAAUUGACAUUGGCGCAAACAACGAAGGUAGUUUGUUGUUUCGAGUGGUGGGUGAGUGGAACAUUUCGGUCUUUGUCAGAAUCGCACACAACAAAAAGCACCCUUCGAGCUCCUCCGCCGCCACGGUGGUCGGCGGCUUGUUCCGACGAGACACCAAGGCCAAUUACUGCUGAAAGGGGGGAUAAAGGCUGCACUUUUAGGGAUAUUAGCCGAGUCAGAAGGCCUGACUAGCUCUUAAUUGGAACUAGAGGAUCUCUAGGUUUUCAAAGGCUUCUGUCAUUCCUAUGAUGACACCAGAGCCAUCAGAGGAGUUGGAAAAGCGUUCAAACUCAGGGCAUCAUGUAAGGAGGAAUAGUGAGUAUGUUAGAUUGGUCAUAUCUGAUGAGCCAAGGGCUAUUGAAGCUGAAGCAUUGCAGCCUCAAGCAGAAACAAGAGUCAAAUCUUUGUUGUGGUGGAUCAAAGUCUUUUUAUGGUGCCUUGUGACUGUUAUACUUGCCAUUGUUCUCGUGAAAUGGGGGAUUCCCUUUGUUUUUGAGAAGAUUCUUUACCCAAUAAUGGAGUGGGAAGCUUCUGCCUUUGGCCGUCCAGUUCUAGCCUUAGUACUUGUUGCUUCUCUAGCUUUAUUCCCGGUGUUCUUGAUCCCUUCUGGCCCUUCCAUGUGGCUGGCUGGGAUGAUUUUUGGUUACGGCCUUGGCUUUGUUAUAAUAAUGGUUGGAACAACGAUUGGGAUGGUCCUUCCUUACUUAAUUGGAUUAUUGUUCCGUGACCGCAUUCAUCAAUGGUUAAAGAGAUGGCCUCAGAAUGCUGCACUUAUUAGGCUUGCCGGGGAAGGGAGCUGGUUCGAUCAAUUUCGCGUGGUUGCUUUAUUUAGGAUUUCACCUUUUCCCUAUACUAUAUUCAACUAUGCAGUAGUGGUAACAAACAUGAGCUUUUGGCCCUACUUACUUGGAUCAAUAACUGGAAUGGUUCCAGAAGCUUUCAUCUACAUCUACAGCGGUCGAUUGAUAAGGACCUUGGCCGAUGCACAGUACGGGAAGUAUCACAUGACGACCGUAGAAAUUGUAUACAACGUUAUUUCAUUCAUAAUUGCAGUAGUCACCAUUGUUGUCUUCACUGUGUAUGCCAAAAGGACUUUGAAUGAACUGAAAAUGGCAGAGUCUGCUGAGCAGGAAGCUGCCUCUUCUGUCUCCGUGAAUGUUGGUUCUGAGAUGGAGAAGCUUCCCCUUGAGGGGCCUAAGCAGCACAGUUUCAAUAUUUCAUGAUGCUGUUGUAUUCUGUAUAUUCAUUUCUGUAAAAUUUGGUGCGGUGUCAAAUUUUUAUUGUAAUUUUCUUUUCAUUUCUGCCUAUAUUUGUGACCUAUGAUGAUAGAUGACCUGUAAUUAGGAAGUCGAAUAGAGAAACAAAAGUAGUUAUAGUUCAUCAAUGUUGUAAGACAAGAAGAACAGUUGUGCAAGUUCUAAAGAUAAAUCUGCUGAUGA